AUUUCCGGCCAUGCCACAAUGCUCAUAAUUCUGAUCCUGCUGUUGCUGAGUCUCUCGGACCCCAGCGAUCAGGGACUGUCUCCGAGGCUGGCCAGGACCCCCAGCGCGCCUUGUGCCAGGGGCCAGGCGUGUGACCCGAGGCAGCGGAGGGAUGCUGGGGGACGCGGUGGGGUCUAUGAGCACCUCGGUGGGGCACCAAGGCGCAGGAAGCUGUACUGCGCCACAAAGUACCAUCUGCAGAUACACCCGAAUGGCAAGAUAGACGGAUCUCUGGAAGAGAACAACCCUUUCAGUAUACUAGAAAUCACAGCUGUUGAUGUUGGAGUGGUGGCCAUAAAAGGUCUCUUCUCAGGGAGAUAUCUGGCCAUGAACAAAAAAGGACGCCUUUAUGCUUCAGAGGUGUUCAACCAGGAGUGUGAGUUUGUGGAGCGAAUUCACGAACUGGGCUACAACACCUAUGCCUCCCGGCACUACCGGACAGCGCCACCUUCCACUGGGGGUGGCAAACACCGAGCUAGCGCAGAGAGACUGUGGUACGUGUCCAUCAAUGGCAAGGGAAGGCCAAGGAGGGGCUUCAAGACCCGCAGGACAGAGAAGGCCUCCCUCUUUCUGCCCCGGGUGCUGGGCAACAAGGACCACGAGAUGGUUCAUCUGUUCCGCACCAACCCUCGGUACCGGGAGAACCUCCUGAAGCCAGCUGGGAGGGCAGAGCGCAGGCGCCGGCGACACAGGCUUGGUGCAACCAAGGCCAAAGAGACAGAAGACUGACAACAGGGACACCUAAGCAUUAUGGGUAAUGACUGUUCUGCAGAUCAGCGAAAGGUGCUUGAAAACAGCCAAAAAAAAAUAAAAAAUCUGUGCCACGGAAGAGGGAAU